AUGGAAGCUGCUGCUCUCCAUCGUGGAUCACCAUGCGCAUCACGCCACGAGCUCUCCGGAUCUGGCAGCCACGGGCUCUCCGGAUUUGGCAGCCACGAGCUCUCCAGAUCUGGCCACCGCCUUGAGGGCAAAGCUGAGGCACCUGCCGAGCAGUGUGGUUCACCACCGCGGUGCUCGCGUGAGGUGGCUAGGCUGAGAUUAGCUGGUCUUAGCACCAUUGCUGUGGUGGACGACCAUCCUUACACUUGCGUCGAUUGCUCCAUGACCUUUGGUCAAGAGAUGGUGCUGUGUGGGCACAUGAGGUCGCACAAGCACGACCACCUCACCUCUGACUCUGAGGAGGAUGCACCCACACCAAAGAGGAGAAGGAAGAAGCAGAUGUCAAAGAUGAGGACCGUGAAGUCGCUGGAUGAAACAUGGGGCAACCACGCCGCCGCAACGGCGGUCACCCUGCAUGACAACAACGAGGUCACAGAGAACGACCGCAACGGUGAUGACAUUCCCAUGAUCGUCAUUGACGACGACGAUGACGAUGCAAAUCCUGUCAUCGCUGUCGCGGGGUCUCGUGGAGCUUCUGGCCCAGCUCCUGAUGCGACGGCAGCUCUGGCCAUGGCUCCAGCUCCAGCGGUGGCCGUGGCAACUUCUAUGCUUGCAGCUCAUGCGUCCGCAACAUUUGUGAACACUGAAGGAGCUCCUGCUGCUGCAUCAACAACGGCAGUGACAAUUCCACUAGCUGUGGCAGCCGCGACCAUCACAAGAGCUGCUCUUGCCACCGCUGUGAGUGCGGGCACUCAAACUGCACCUGGUCUGGUGAAGGGGAACAAUGGCUCUGGUCAAGCUGGUGCUCGCUCUAAAUAUGAUACCAAUGGUAAAGCUGUUGCUAGGAACAACAACAGUUGUGGCAAAUAUCUCGCUGGCUGUGGCAAUGUCGACAAUGGAAAGGGUGUUGCUGGCUAUAGUGAAGCCGGCUAUGGAGGCAAAGGUGUUGCUGGCUGUAGCAGCGGCAGCCACACCUACAGCACAUCUACUGCCGCUGGAGGUGAGAGCAACAAAGGCUGUGGCAAUGUGUACAGUUGCUGUAAGUGUAAGAACACAUUGUUCUCCACACCCCAGGCGCUGGGAGGCCACACUUCUAGUCAUCACAAGAUCAUGGAGAAGAAGGGCAAGUCAAAUCUAGACAUGCAGAGUGGUCCACACAAGUGCAAAGUGUGCAACCAUGAGCGCCAGACAGAGCAGGAACUCAGUUCCCACAUGAUGAUUGUGCACCCUCACCAUGCUGUUGUUGCUGCUGCUUCUGCUAAGGAAAAGCCCUUCCAAGCGACAGGGAUCAACAGCAUAGAUGCAGCUCUGGAUGGCCCUUACAAUACCAUGGGUUGGCAGAUCCUGGCUGGCGCUCCCAGAAGCGCCAUCCUCGCGCAUCUUUCAUCAAUGGCGCCAGUGCACCAGCCACCUCAAGGAACCAUGGCUAUGGCUAGCAAUCCUAUGACUGAGAUAGCAGUAGUGCCUGGCAAUGCCAUUGCCAGUAGCUCCUCCACUCCUCGUUCUGGCAUUGCUACUGCUAUUGAUGCCCCUGCCAAUACCAUGGGCCGCUGCUUGCCAUUCUUCCUAACUGGCAGAAGUGCCAUCCAUGCCCCUCCUGUGUCGAUGCCGGUGCACCAGCCAACUCAAGGGAUGGCGGCUAUGGCUGGCAAUCCUGUGACCGGUCAUUUCCCAGCUGCUAUGGCUAGCAAUUGGUACUCAUUCCCUGCAACAACCAGCAGUGUCCUUCCUGCAAUUCCCUUGCAGACUCAAGAGGAGAAUCCACCACAAGCGAGAGUGGUGCCUGCAAAUGGUGAGCAUCCCUCCACCCAUCUCAUUGGCUCCAAAACCUUCUCUACAUUCCUCUCACAGUUUUUUCGAACAGAACUGGCAGACCCCUCACAGAAUCAAGCGGAGAAUCCACCAGAGCAGACAGUGCCCGGCAACAACGGAGGUCGCACCGUUCUUCUCUUUGGCACCAGAAUUGCUAAAGGUCAGAAAGAAGUCAAAGAUUAA